CAUUGUCAGUGUGACAUUCGACAAAAACGAUAAAAACGUUGAAUAAGAAUGCAUUUUUAAUUCCGAUGCACAUUUCUGACUUGGCUCUCAGUUGAUUGCUGCCAGUAAACCAGACAACCACUUACUAACGAAGCUAGUCAAGGUUAUGGAGUCAGAGGGAGGAAGGCGAGGGCUCUGAAUGCGUUACUUUUCCACUAGGAUAAAUUACUUUUGGGAUGAAGUUUCUAACACCAAUCCCAUGGCUCCACACAACAAAGGACUAUGCACCAAAAGGCGUCUGAAAUUCAAUGAGGGUCAACCAUCAAAGUUCUCACCUGGCCCAGUGUUGCUCAGCUACAGCAACUGAGAGACGAGAAGUGCAACAAAAGAACGAGACUUCAAACAAAAGAACGACAGACUUCAUUGAAGAUGAACUUGAAGAAAUAAAAGCAAACACAGUACGGAUAAGCAUGGUAACAUUGGUGUGCGCCUCGACGUUGGUGGAAUCCAAACAGCUUUUCAGAUACUAUGAUAAGAUGAUAUGGCUUAGUGUCCUACACUUGCUGAUGUUGCCCUGCACUGGCUGGGCAGAUCUCCUUCCCCCUCAAAGAUCCUACAAGGUCCUCAUGCUCCUUCCUAUAUCUAGUAAGAGCCAUAGAAAUGUCAUCAUGCCCCUGGCAGAGGCCCUAGCAGAUCGAGGCCAUAAAGUAGAUAUGCUGUCCAGCUACAACAUCCAGCACCAAAACACCAACAUCCGAGAAAUCCCCCAUGGACUUCCCCAUUUUCCAGAUACUAAACUGAACUUGUUCAAUGAAGUAAAAAAGGCAACGGGAGUUAUCAGUCUCUUCAAGGACAGAAUGUGUAAGAUGGCAAGGGAUAUUUAUCGUGUGCCUCAGGUGAAGGAACUCUACAUGAAGAGGAAGGAGUAUGACCUCAUUGUCCUUGAUCAUCUGUUUAAUGAGUUCUCUUAUCCGUUUGUGCACGAGAUGCCAUUCAUCACCAUUGCUACCAACGGCAUGGAUCCAAGACAGAGUGCUGUCCUGGGAAACCUACAGAGCCCAGCCUACAUGCCCAGUUUCCUUUAUGAUCCUAACUUAGAACAUGUUUUUGGACGCCUUGCCAAUGCAGUGGCGAGUAUAGUAGUUCCCUUUUAUUGGAGAUACUGGGAUGCUAUACCUGCAAUACAAAAAGAGGUCAAUGAGCACUUCCCAGACCUUCCUCCUCUUCUGGAAAUAGAGAGAAAUCAGAGUCUCGUCUUGCUGAACUCCCAUUUUUCUAUUGGCUUGACUGUCCCAGUUUUACCUUCCCAAGUGGAAGUAGGAGGCAUGCACUGUCGACCUCCUAAACCUUUACCAGAGGACCUAGAUUCUUGGAUUGAAGGUGCAGGAUCAGCAGGUGUAAUAUACUUCAGCCUUGGUUCAGUUACAAAAGGGAAUACAUUGCCAGUCAAGUACAGAAAUAUGUUCAUUGAAGCUUUUUCGAAAUUAAACCAAAGGAUUCUUUGGAAAUUCGAAACAGGUAUAGAAGGAAUUCCAGAAAAUGUCAUGAUUAACCAUUGGUUCCCACAACAAGAUAUUUUGGCCCACCCUAAUGUGAAAGGAUUCAUAAGCCAUGGAGGGCUUCUCAGUUUGCAAGAGGCAUUAUUCCAUGGGACUCCUAUGGUUGUACUGCCCCUGUUUGGAGAUCAGCCUACAAAUGCAGCUAGAGUAGUUGCUAACGGAUGGGGUCGGUCUCUUGAUUACAAAGAUCUAUCUGUAGAUCUCAUCAUCAGUUCAAUUCUAGAAGUUAUGAACAACACAAAUAUCUAUGCUGCUGUUUCUUUCACCCAGAUUAUACCAUGUGGUUUACUGCUCCUACACAACAGCUUCCAAAAUCUUGUUUGUGUCCUCCUUCUGAUUGUGGGAACAGUUAGUCACACUUGCCCAUUACACAAUCGGCCUCGCCACCAAGCUUUGUUUCUACUUCAAAUCUAUCAUAAAUUCCAAGCUCCAGUUGAUAUAACAACCUGGAGUCUUCCUUCCUCCACCUGGCACUCCCCAUAAAAGUCGGUUGUAUCGAUGAUUUUUUUUAUCCUUUUUUACCUUGACAAAUUUCAGCUUGUAUUCAUGACUUUUUGGCUCGCAGUUCAUCAGGGUGAUGUUGCAGCCUUCCUCACAAGAAAUGUAAGGUAUGCCAGUGUUGAAAACGGUCUGAGGUCAAUUUACUUUUCGUUAAAGGGAAAAGAACU